AUGGAGAGAGGAGGAGGGAGGGAGGUAUAAUUAUGGUUGGAGGCUGCCAGGGCGAGAGAGCGGAGAGACAAGCAGAGGGAGGGGAAGAAAGACGACGAGGAGCGCGUCCAGCCCACUCCGGUAAAACCAUUCAACUGGUGAGCGAGGGAAGGCAUUCACCACAGAGAGAGAGAGCAAAGAGCCAUCUGUCCCUGACAAAAAAGAUAAGGAUUACUCAUUUUCUCUCUCGGCGUUGUUUUUUCUUUUUGUCCUACUCUCUCGCUUCUUUACAGCUUUUUUUCCCUCCGUUUUCGCAGGUGGACUGUGAGCUGAGCUGAACUUUGCAGCUCGCAAACUUCUGAGAACGACAGAAGAAAGACACAGACAGGCAGAAAGAGCGAAGGCAGUGAAGGCGAUUUUCAAGCAGACUUUUGUGUUUUUCUCCAGGACUCAGUAAAUGCUCAGACUUUGAGCCAAACCUCGGCUUCAUCGCUCCGCGCUCCGUCGGUGCAUUUACCAAAUCUGGUCCAGCAGCCAAUCAGCUGACUGUCAUCAUGUCGGUCCUACCCCUGCUCAGUUGGACCCUCCUAAUCCUGGUUCAGAGCUGCGGCUCGACCUCCAGCCUCGCACAACGUUCCCUCACUGUCCAUCCUCACCACCAACAGCUGCCAGACCCAUCCUCCAGCUCCACCUGCCCCUCCUGCGCCCUGGCCAGGAUGCGGAGAAACGAAGGGGGCGCGGCAGCGGCCGAGGAGCGGGAGGAGGAGGACGCGGCUCAGCAGGACGUGGUGGAGGCGGUGAAGAGGCACAUCCUCAACAUGCUGCACCUCCAGGCUCGGCCCAACAUCACCCGACCCGUGCCACGCGCCGCGCUCCUCAACGCCCUGCGCAAGCUCCACGUGGGGCGAGUGGCAGAGGACGGCAGCGUGCAGAUCGAGGGAGAGGAGGAGGUGCCGGCACAGGGAGGACGAGGAGGAGGAGGAGGAGGAGGAAGGGGAGGAGCGGCGGCGGCGGCGGAUCAUGUGGGAGACGGCGGCAACGCGCAGGAGACGACAGAGAUAAUCACCUUCGCUGAGGCCGGUGAAUCUCAGGGUGUGGUGAACUUCGCCCUCUCUAAAGAAGGAAGUGAUCUGUCUCUAGUGGAGCAAGCCAACGUCUGGCUCUUCCUCCGUUUGGCCAAGACCAACCGCAGCAGAGCCAAAGUCACCAUCCGGCUCUUCCAGCAGCGUCGCCUUGGCAACGGACGCACAUCUCCGCCCCAGGACGACACUCUCCUGGCGGAGAAAACUGUGGACACCCGUCGCAGCGGCUGGCACACCUUCCCGGUGUCGUCGGCAGUGCAGGCACUGCUGGAGGCCGCCGAGGGCAAGACGCUGAGCCUCAGGGCGUCCUGCCCGCUCUGCGCCGACGCCGGGGCCACGCUGGUCCUGGUCUCCGGCGGCCCCGACACACCUCAGCGCGUCAACCAGCGGGAACAGUCCCACCGGCCCUUCCUCAUGGCUGUGGUCCGGCAGGGGGACGGCGGUGACUCGCGGCGGCGCAGGAAGCGAGGCUUAGAGUGCGACGGCAAAGUCCGCGUGUGCUGUAAACGCCAGUUCUACGUCAACUUCAAAGACAUCGGCUGGAACGACUGGAUUAUUGCUCCACCUGGUUACCACGCCAACUACUGCGAGGGCGAGUGUCCCUCCCAUGUUACGAGCAUCACUGGGUCCACGUUGUCCUUCCACUCCACUGUCAUCAGCCACUACCGCAUGAGGGGCUACAGCCCCUUCCAGAACCUGAGGUCGUGCUGCGUUCCCACACGGCUACGAGCCAUGUCUAUGCUCUACUACAACGAGGAGCAAAAGAUCAUCAAGAAGGACAUCCAGAACAUGAUCGUUGAAGAGUGUGGCUGCUCGUAAAAACAAACUGGACAAAGGGGGACUGAGAGAGCGAGAGAAACAGGAAGUGGAUGGAGAGAGGAGAUAAAAUCGAAGAGGUAACUUCAUGAUCAUCACAUCACAUUUAUCUACUGUGCUUCAUUCUUCACUUGCUCCCUCCAUCUCUCCGGGUCACUCUCUGGGAUAAAAACUCUUCUCCGGACUCAUCCAGCAGAACUCAGAGAGUGUCCUAAUGGCACUUUCAGGAAAAAAAGAAAAGAAAAAAGAUAGUAAAAGAAUAUCUAAUAUAUUUUUGUUACAAACAGAGGGAGUAAAGCUUAUUUAUAUGGCUGAGACGUUCAAGCACCACUCGACCAGUCAGACCAUGGAGCGAUAAGGUGCCUGAAAAACUACGAACAAAACAAUCUCAAACUAUGCAACGUGUUCACGUAUUACAAUCCUAUUGUAUUUUACCUUGUUUUUGUUUCCCAGCUGUUUACUUUUUUAAAAUGUACAAGGAAGAAAGAAGAAUACUCUUUUGUAUUAUUAUUUUGGAAGUAUGAAUUAGUGACGUGUGUGGUUGUGUAUUGAUACGUAUGUCUGUUAUUGCUUGUGUGUGUGUUGAGAGAUACUUGAAAGAAAAAAAUUAGCCCGGCUGCUGGAACCAAACAAUCCUUAUGUUACCAUGGUUACUAUGUUAAUGUUAUAAUUAUAUUGUCCAUAAGUAUAUUAAUAUUAUUUUUUGCUGGUAAUAAUAUUUUAUUUGGCUCCAUUUGUGUUAUUAUGUCAUUUUUUAAGAAACGUUUCAAACGUUUAUGUUUUGCACUAUAGCAGCACUCAGUGACUCAGUUUCCAGAUUAGCUCAAAUAAGACCCUGAGAGACGAUGGACUGAAGCUUCCUGUCCAGGGUACAGUCUUGGUUACGCAUGUGGUUUAAUUCCCAUUAAAAACCAGGUGCAGCUGAAACAUUGUCCACAUCGUUCUGGGUUCUUGAGUUUCAGAAACAACACAGAACACAGUGUCGUCUGUAGUUUUCUAAAUGCUCCAGAACCUAAGGUUUUGGUCUACUGCUUGCUGCCAGAAAACUGUAAUUAGGGUUAAAGUAGGUGGAGGAUUUAUGGCUGAAAGAACUGUCAGUCAAGCUAACACACUCUAAACUUUUUUAUUAUUCUUAUUAUUCUUAUUUAUUGCAAAUUUCUAAAUAUGAGUAUUAAGUAUUAGGGCUAUUGAAAAAACAUUCCAAAAUAAUGCCUUGACUAGGUGAAAUACCCAAGCACCAAGACCUAAAAGCAGAAAGUCUUUAAACUAUAUGAUCAGACAUUUCAAUAUUAUAAUUGUUAAGUGUUACAUUGUAAUGUAAAUUGUAUUUUCAACAUGAAAGUCUCAAUGCUGUCUCAAAGCCUUUCAAAACUGCUGAAAAUAAAGCUCUGAUUCUAGCAGAACUAGUGUAUCUUUCAUUUAUUUAUUAUUGUAAAAGUUGAUAAACAACUUGAUGUGUAGUUUUGUGAUUUGUCUAGUUGCCCAUAUUGAUGCAGAAAACAUGUGUUAAACGUUUUUACCGUUUACUAAAAUGUUCUGUAGAAGAUGUUAAACAUUAAACCAUGAUGAGGAGGAUGAAGUAGUUAAGGCUACCUACGUUUUCUGGCAGCUAGUGGCCGGUAGAGGACCUGCAGGAUUAGACACAACUGUGGAAGCUUGUGACUGGAUCAACACUUGAGUUAGCGCCAAAUGUUACAUAGGAGCUUUGUCUCUCUGAGCAAAAGUCUUCGAGUAAAAGAAAUGACAGAAAACAGAUGAACUCAAAAAGUGGUUUGAUUAAGACAAUACAUCUGACCAGGCAGUUCCUACGAGACAUUUGGGAAAUUAACUGAUGAAACUAAAAAAAACAUGUGUUCCAGAAAAUGUUCACUGUGCAUUGAUAGUCACUUUUCCCCCAUAAUAUGAAACAGCACAGGCUUAAGACACUUAACAGAUAUAUGGAACGUCCACUAGCUGACUGAGGGGGACUAGUAUUAGCUAAUAUUAGAAUAGUUUCAUUGUCACACAACCAACAAAAACAACAAAAGUACAUAAGUUUUCAUAGAUCAGCCAGAAUCACCGUUGAUUGAUUAGCUGCUUUUAACUAUAAUUAAAGUAUUAUAGCUAAUGUCUCCCAAAGCCAGGGACCUAAAUUUCUACUACUCAAAAAAAUAUUAAGCUUUUCAUUGUUAUGGAAAAUACUUCCAGUGUCCACUUAAAUAGUUAGAGGCUCCAAAGAUCCGUGUUUCUGUCAGAAAUAAAACUGACUCAUCAAUUUUCAUGCAAAACACAAACAGAAAUUUCACUGUAGUUCAUGUUUCUCUAAAGUUUGUGAUGAAGAAUGGCCAAAUUAUCUUUUUAUCUAUAGUUUUUUUUGCGUUGCUGUGUAAUUUCUGUUCCCCCGAAUGCUAAUGUCUUCAUCUUGUUGGUACUGUCCGUCCAGGCUGAUCACGAGUGUUUCUGUGCUGUAUGUGUUUGUAUCAAUAUUGUUGACUCGUUCACCAAAUGAGUAUUUCUCUUGUUUUUUCUUAUGAAGUCUUUGAGAUUUGUGUGUGUUUUGUUUUAUUGUGACUGUUUUAAGAGCCAGCAGACUCUUUUCUGGGAACACUCUGUGUACGUUUCUCCUAUUUUAAAAAAAUAACAAGGCAAAAAAAAAAACAAA